AGUAAACAAUAUUUAAAAAAUGUCUACAGAAAUUGAAACGCCAAACAAAUCCCUUGAGCAAUACUAUUAUGUCCAUGAACCUGAAUUAAUAUGCGGUGUAGAAGUUCCAUCAAUAGUCGAUGACUACGUAGAAGAUCAUCCAUCCUUAGUGGAUCGCUUUUUUACACGUUACUACUACAUAAAGAGUGGUGCAAAUCCAACGCCAUAUAAAGUAUUAUUUCAUUCUAAUCGUGUAUGCCUUAUAUGCUUAGCACCUGAACAUCCUGCUUUGAAAGAAGGCAUCAGCUCAAUAAAUUUUGACAUUGGUAAUAUAAAUCGUAGUAAAAAUAGUGUCAAGGGUAAAGGCAAGAAGGGUGGUAUGGUUCUGCAAGCGGAUUCAACUUUAGCCUUACUAACAACAGUUACGGGAAAAACGUAUAAAAUUCCGAGUUGCGUUCGUAGCAAACUCAUUGAAGUUAAUACUAAUUUAGUAAACAAUCCAAGCCUCUUUAGUACUGCUAAGGAAGGUGAAGAUUAUCUUGCUAUUGUGUUACCUAAACCCGAACACUGUGAUGAAAUUAAGGAAGGUUUGUUAACCCAAACACAAUAUGAGGAAAAACUUGCUACUAUUGAUUUUAUGGAGCAGAAUACACAACUAAACGAAAGUGUGGAGGAGAGCACUGAACAGAAAAAUGCAGAAGUGACUAAUGUAGUGGAUAAUAAAAAUGUAAAGCAAUCUAUAGACAACAUAAAGGAAAAAAUAAAUAUAAAUGAAAUAUCGAAAAAUGCUGAAACAAUUGAAGCGGUAUCAUAAAUGUUUCCUUAUCAUCAAUUAUUAUAAUUUGACAUUAAUUUUUAUAUAAAAUAGUU